AUGGACGUGGACAAGCUGUUCAAGCUCCCAUCUCUGCCUUCUGCGGCUGUCAACAAGCGAAAAUGGACUGCUCCUAAGCCAGGCGACCCCAGCGCCUCCGCAUCGUCCUCCUCAUCCAUUGUCCAUGAUGAUGCAGGUCCAUCCGAUCAGACCAGCUCACGGCCAAGCAAAUCGGCUCGCGUAGACGAUGAAGAUGACGAUGAUCAAGCGGACAAUGUCGCUGAAGACGAAACAUACUUCUUCUCCGAUGACGACCAAGAAGACGGUCGAUUCUUUGGCGGCGGCCUCACCGCCGAACAGAAACAGAUCCUCGACAUCAUGGAUUCCGGAGACACAUCGUCCUCCACCACGCCUUACCCUUCUUCAUCUGUUUCGUCUGUCCACGACCUGCCCUCACUUCGCAAGCAACUUUUGCGCUUCGAGCGCGCCAUCAACAAGAACGCCGAAAUGCGCGUAAAACACGCCUCCGACCCGUCACGCUUCAUCGACUCGGAAGCGGAUCUGGACGCGGAACUGAAAAGUUUGCUCGUGCUUACCACACAACCCAUGCUCUUCUACCCGGAGUUCGUCAAGCUUGGAGGUGCAGCGAGCGUUGUGGGGCUUUUGAGCCAUGACAACGCCGACAUUGCGAGCGCGGCCAUCGAGGUGAUCGAGGAGUUGACCGACGAGGAUGUGCUGGACCAGGCGAAUGCUGAAGCAGGAGAGGAAGAUGCAGCGGAAGCGCUGGAGGUGAUGAAGGAGCUGGUGGAGGCAUUGUUGGCACAGAGUUUGUUGGAGCUGUUGGUGUCGAACCUGGGAAGAUUCAACGACGAGUUGGAUGAGGACUUGCCGAAGGAGGAAGCUGCGAGCAAGGCGGUCGAGGUGGAAGGCGAUGCACAGGCGAUCUAUCAUACGCUCGGGGUGGUGGAGAACUUGAUCACGACGAGACCUGCGUUGGCGGACAAGCUGGGUGGUGAGACGUCACUGCUAAAAUGGAUGCUGACGAGGCUGGCAAUGAAAAGGACGGUCGAUCAAAACACGAGUUACGCCGCUGAACUCUUGGCGAUCCUCCUACAGGACUCUGAUACCAACCGCGACAAGCUCGGCGCGACGAUAGUGGACGAAGAGAACGGAAUCGACAUCUUGCUGAAAGUACUUUCGCGAUAUCGACGAACGUCACCGGCGAGCGGGGAGGAGCAGGAAUUCGUGGAAAACGUCUUCGAUUCUCUCUGCCUCUCACUCUUCGGUCCAUCCAACAAAUCCCUCUUCGUCUCUGGCGAAGGCGUCGAGCUCAUGGUGUUGAUGAUGAAGGAGAAGAAGACAUUCUCCCGCAUCCGAGCCGUCAAAGUCCUCGACCACGCCGCAUCAGGUCCCGCCGGCAGCCCCGCCUGCCUACGCAUGAUCGAAUCCAAAGCCCUCUCUCCCCUCUUCUCCAUCUUCCUCGAAUGCAACUCGCACACCUUCCGCAAACGUCCCUCCUCCUCCCUCCCUUCUUUGCAGGACACAGAACACCUCCUCUCCAUCUUCACCUCGCUCCUCACGCACCUCGCCUCGGACACGCUCCCGCGCAUCCGCCUGCUCACCAAAUUCCUCUCCUCCAACUACACCCACCUAGACCACCUGCUCGACCUCCGAGAAACCCUCACCUCUCGAAUCGACCCUGCCCCAACACACGACGAGGAAGACGCCUACCUCGCUAAACUCGAACAAGGUCUGUUCAGCUUGCAGCUGCUAGACACCAUCCUAGCAUGGCUGGUCAUGGAGGACGAUGCGUGCAAGGAUCACGUACAGACUAUGCUGAGGAGGAAAAAGUUGGAUUUCAACAGCAUCGCGGAUACGUUGCGAGAGUACAGAGACAACGUAGGCGAUCAAAUCGCAAUCGACGAGGCCGAGGAAACGUUGAUGACAAAGGACAUCCUAGACGCUCUAAUCGGGUAUCUCGAAUCUCUAUAA